CCUCUACCCCCACAGUCAUAUUCUUCUGGUGACUCUUGCAAGCGUUGACCUUGCCAUCACUUUCCCUCUUCAAUUGUGGCCUCGAGUCUCUUCUAUAUUGGCAAGCCUUGCUGCCAGUGACUCACCCACAUUGAAAAGUGACAGACUACGCUCUGUUCUCCCGAAACAGUCCUCGAGUACAGAUCCCGACUCCUGUAUUGGCUCUAUCCCGGAGACGGCUAUCAUGAAGACGAGUAGUCUGGCAUUGUCUAUUGAUCAAGGAUUCAAGCAUGGCCCCGGAACAUGAAAUCGCCGCCAUAGCGGUGCGCAAUGAACGAGACGAUGAUAUCAAGACUGUUCGGUCGACCGAACAGCCGAUCGAUCACGAAAAUAAAAAGGAUGCGACGUAUCCACCCGAGAAUACGAGUCGGGCUAACCCCGCCGGCUCGCGCAUCGGCUCGCUGCUGAAAGCAUUCGAGCAACAGCUUGUCGAGUAUAACCUGGAGGCACGAGGAAUUGAGCGAGUUGCGCCCGAUGAGCGAAUGAAGCGCUUAUCAUGGGUGUCGUACCUGCAGACAUUCCUGUUGUGGGUGUCGAUCAACCUCGCCGCGAACAAUAUUACCCUCGGUAUGCUGGGCCCAGCGGUGUAUGGACUGAGCUUCACGGACUCGGCCCUGUGUGCGGUUUUCGGUGCAAUUGCCGGCUCUCUAGUUUCGUCGUGGAUGGCCACUUGGGGCCCAGUAUCCGGUAUUCGCACUAUGGCGUUUGGCCGGUACUCGAUGGGUUGGUGGCCGAGCAAGAUCAUUGUUCUGCUGAACUUGAUCCAAAUGCUCGGAUACUGUCUGAUUGACUGUGUGGUGGGAGGGCAAAUUCUGUCUGCUGUAUCGCCGGGAGGCAUGUCUGUUGCUGUGGGUAUUGUCAUUAUUGCAAUCAUCAGUUGGGUGGUUGCUACAUUUGGCAUCCAGGUCUUCCACUACUACGAACGAUUUGCGUUUUUGCCUCAGCUCAUCGUUGUAUGCAUUCUCUUCGGUGUCUCAUCUGCCAAGUUCGAUCUGUCUACAGUGUCUCAAGGCGAUCCCCGAACGCUAGUCGGUAACAGGCUAUCAUUCUUCUCCAUCUGCCUCAGCGCAGCAAUCACCUACGCCCCUCUAGCCGCAGACUUCUUCGUCUACUACCCUGAGCACACCUCCCGCCUCACGAUCUUCUCCCUAACCCUAACCGGCCUGGUCCUCUCGUUCACCAUGGCACUAGUCUGCGGCAUCGGUCUCGCCUCAGGGAUCAGUGGUUACCCAGAAUACGCAGCGGCCUACGAUCUCGGCCAAGGCGCCCUCAUCGUAGAAGGCUUUGGACCGCUCCACGGCUUCGGCAAAUUCUGCUCCGUGAUCAUCGCCCUAGGACUCAUCGCCAACACCGUCGCCCCAACCUACUCCGCCGGCGUCGACUUCCAGAUCCUCGGCCGGUACGCCGAAAAAGUGCCCCGUGUGAUCUGGAACACUGUCGGCGUGAUUAUCUUCACCGUCUGCGCGUUGGCUGGUCGCAGCCAUCUCGCGGAGAUUUUCACCAAUUUCCUCGCUCUCAUGGGUUACUGGGUUGCUAUCUGGUUUGCCAUUAUGAUCGAGGAGUUCAUCUUCCGCUGGCGCACGGGAUAUAACUGGGCUGCGUGGCGCGAUCCAUCAAAGUUGCCCAUCGGCAUCGCAGCCUUCAUCGCUUUUGUCAUUGGCUGGGUCGGUGCCAUCCUGUGCAUGGCGCAGGUGUGGUAUAUCGGUCCCUUGGCGAAGCUUGUGGGCGAGUACGGCGCCGAUAUGGGUAAUUACGUCGGCUUCUCGUGGGCUGCGCUUGUGUACCCGCCUCUCCGUCUUCUGGAGCUACACUUUAUUGGACGCUAGAGCUUUUCACAUUAAUUGCAGGGGCAUGGCGCUCGAGACCGGAGUGCGUGGAGAGGGGCUUGGCCCUUCCGAGAUCAGUUCAACCUUGUUCGCCUUUGGCGUUUUGCUUUUGGGCUAGUAUGGUGUGAUGGUGGCACGAUGUCGUUCAACACAUAACCCUCGCACACAGGGAUAACAGCAGAUUCUUGCUGUGGAUCUGUAUAGUAUCGGGAGAGGGAUGUCAAAAAGUGAUCUACACGGUGUAUAUUUGUACGUCGUACGUCAUACGCGUACAUCUCUAAUGAAAUGAUUCGAACAAUUCCCCGUUCUAGACCUCGAAGAAGAUAAUGUUUGCCCUCGUUGUAAGCCAUAUCGUAUCACCUCCAGCAGCAUUCUCUCAGAGAUGUACUUGGAGGGAGAAAUAGCCUCUCCUAGAACUCGAUAGCGAGACUAUGAUAGUUGUCAAAUCUCAGGGGAUCCAGGACAGAGUAGAAUGGGUCCAUCAUGAAUUCCUCAAGACAAAAAAAAAAAGAGGAGCAAAAUAUUAAUCAACGUACAUCCCCUGGACAACUCUCAUUUUCAUCCACUAAGAGAAAUAUUCUACAAAAGAGAUCGAUGAACGGCAAGCCAAAGCCACGCAGACAGGAACAGAUACAGGAAUAGACAGACAGAAUUGCAUGAUGGCUCUCUCCCACGGACAAAAAAGAGGGGCCGCCAUUCACACUGUAUCAGUAUCAAAGGGGUUUCAAAACGCUAGGGUACGCAGGAUCGAGUCCCCGGAUUUACCGGUACCAGUAGUCGGGCUUGACGUAGUCGGCGAAGGUCUUGGGCUCCUCGGGGGCGGGGUGGCCGUGGCCGUGGUCGUGGUGGGCGUGGGGGUCCUCCUCGGGUCCGACGUAGUUCAACUUGACGACGUUGCCGCACUCGUUGCAGCGCUCGAUGGGGCGCUCACGGGAGAC